GGCAGGAGCAUGGGCAGGGAAGGCCCCGCACAGCCGGGGCGCCAUCGGCGAGACCGCCUGGUGGCUCUGACCGUGACCCUCCUCCUCACCUGUGGGCCAGGCCCCACUGUGACAGCGGUGACCACCCCGCCCAUAACACUGGGCAGCACCACUGAAACCACACUGAAGAAUUCCACAUACACGGGAGCCAGAGACUCAGCCGGCAUCAGCACCACCAGUACUUCGACGUCUGAAGAACGGGGGAUUCCUGCCAACUUCAGUGUCACCGGGGUUUCAGGAGUGAAAACCACACCUCCAUCUACCACCUCUGUCCCAGACAAGACCAGCGUCCACCCACCCACGACUGCAGAGGUGACUGUGGAAAGUCUGCCUGCGUCUACGGCUCUGUCUGAGCCCGGGACCCCUAGCAGGGAGGACAGCUGGGCUACCACCUCUGCCCCCUCCCCAGUUGCCAGCACCGCUGACAGCGAACACACAAGUGCAGCUUGGGUCUCCAGAGCACGCCCAGGGGUGGCGCUCACAGUGCCCCCUACCACGUCUGAAAUGCACAGCCCCAGCACAUCCCUACCUGAGAGCUCUGACUUCUCCCAGACGUCUACUUCCAGUGCCCAAGCCAAAGCAUCCUGGACCAGUGCAGGCACAAGUCAACACUUAACAGGACCCCAGCUCUCCAGGAGGACAGACACAAGUCCUGGAGUGGAAUCAUCGUCCAAUGAGGCAAGUCCUGUCACCACGGUCCCUGCUACCUGGGUGGUACCUGACUCCACCGCCCCAAGCACAAGCUUCACUGAAAUAACAUCCCCCAGAGAAACGCCUUCAGCCCCACCCACCCUAGAGGCCACAUAUGGUCCAAUCACUGGUGAGUUUACUCCCUCUACUGAAAUCUUAGUUUCAGGCAGCAGCAGCGAGGGGAUCAGCCAGGAUACAACAGACCUAAGUGUCACAGCCUCAGAGUCACCUGAAACAGCCACAGAUGUGACCCUGGACAUCACCGGUGCUCCAGAGUCCUUGUCUACAGAGGUGAUCACAUGGGCUGCUGGCUCAAGUGCUCCGGGAGGGACAGACUCAUCCUCCAGCAAGGGUUCUACUGAAAUAUCUGAGACAUCAACUACAGGGACUGCAGAUUCCUGGGAGGGAACCAGGUGGGAUGUGACUCCAUCACUCCCUGGGUAUCACUUUUCUCCUGACACGAGCCCUGCAGGAGACAUCACGAUACGCACCAGCGGUCCUCCGUUGCUGUCCGCCUCAGUUCCUGAUGAUACAGAGUCAUGGUUCAGCACGUCUUCAGACCAUCCCGUCACCUCCUCCUUGGACACAAGGAUCCCUGGGACCAUGGCAAAAACAGAGCCCAGCUCAACUUUUGCUCUUUCCAGAACACUAAAUGAUGCAGAAACCAGCACUCAAAGAGUCAGAAGUACAGCUUCUCCUCUGGUCCACUCAUCUCCACCAGUGGAAGGUACAGAGUCUGAGGCGUCUGCGGCAGCCACCACCAUGGAUCUGAGUGAGGGGGCACGUGGUGGCACCACGUGGCCAACGGGUGACUCCACAUCUCUGGAGACUGGCAUCAGUUCGGGUACGUAUGGUCGUCCUCUGUGUACACAACGCUUGAGUCUUUUCUCCUGGUUGCUGGAGUGAAAUGAUUGAUUACCUAAGUCCCAGGUUCUGGUAGAUGAUCACAAUUUUUUGCUGUUGUACUCAG